AUGGAUGCAAUAAGAUCAUUGAAAUUAUUAGAAGAUGAAGUAAACAAGAGUAACGAUGAAUUUGAAUUGUUGACUAUCAAAAACUUUAUUAUUAAAUGUUUAGAUUUGAUUGGUAAAUCGAUGGGGGAUGUUGGAAGUUAUGAGAAAGGAACUGAAAUGUAUGAGAAGGCAAUUCGGACGUUCGACGAGACAAUUGAAAAUUACAAGGAGAAAAUAAUGAUGGAUGAAGAUUUUAAUACUGGAUCUCCGAUUAAUGCUAAAUUAACAAAGUUAGAAAAUGAAAUCAACUUGGAGUAUUUUCAAGAACAAAAAAAAACUUAUCAAAAGGAAUUAGAUUAUAAGGUUGAAUUGAUGAAAACAAAAUAUCCAACACUAAAUGAAAGUUUCAUAAAAACAUUCAUGGUUAAUGUAUCUUUUAAAUUCAACGGAAGCUAUCCCUGGGACAAACCUAUUUCUAAUAAUAAUGAAUUACAAUACCAUAAUUAUAUUGCUGAUGAGUUGAGAAAUGUUGAUCAUAUUACAUUGUCAUCAAUCAAUUAUGAACGUGAUAUUGAAAUUUCUGAAAAUAUAAAAUAUCAACAAUUAGCAAUUGUUGCAAAAAGGAAUAUUUUGAAGGGAGAAAUCAUUUUCCAAGAAAUUGCAUUUGUGAGUGUUCACGAGUCCAGCUCAUUGAAAUGUGAUUAUUGUCACGUACCUUUAAAUCACAGUUCCAAGAUUACAUGUGAAAAUUCAUCAUGUUCUGAUAUUUUCUGCACAAAAAGUUGCAACAAUUUAGCAUUACAACUGAAUCAUUCACCAUUAUGUGGUAAUAUUUUAUACUAUUCAUUUAACAAUAAAUUAUAUAACCUAUUACAAAUUGGCGUAAUCAAUAAUAUUGUCUAUUUUGAAAUAUUAUUAAUGCUAAAAUUAUUCAGUAUUGCAAAAACUAGAGAUGUGUGUCCUUUGGAUAUUCAAGAAAUCAAGUAUCUCUCAAGAUUCAACCGACAAAUAUCUUCAUCAAAUGUUAAUAUUAAUAAUAAAAUUAAUCAAAAGGAAAUAGAAUUUCCCGAAAGGAUUUUUGAAUUGUAUCAAGAUAUUUUAGAAAUAUUACAGAUUUCAAUCCAUGAUCUACAAUACGAUUUCUGGAUUUUCUUAACAAUUUGGAGUAUCAUCAAAUCAAAUCUUAUUCAGUUAAAUCCAACUUUUCAGAAUGAAGUAGUAGGGAUUUUUACUGUUUCAGGACUUCUCAAUCACUCUUGCACAAAUGCCAAUGUAAAGGUCAGAAAUUUUGGAUUGGGAUUGAGCGAGACCAAAUUAGGUUAUGGGAUAAUAAUAGAAACAACCAUGGAUAUUAUGAAAGAUCAAGAGUUAUUUCUAAGUUAUUGUGAUAUGAGCAAAAUUCCAAAAGACCGAAAAAAAUCUUAUUUAUUAAGAUAUUUUGGAUUUGAAUGUAGAUGCUCUGACUGUCAACAGUACUAA